GAAGUGAACCCUGUCAGUAGUCCCACUACUGUACAAACCGGUCGUGUGCCACAUUUGAGUGGGGGAAAAAACUCACAUAAUGUUUAGGAAACAGAAAGAUAACGAAUCAAGACUUGUACAACACUGAGUAGAAGUAUUGUGUGCUAAUCCCCGGUGUCUCUUUUGUGAGACGGGAAACAAACUUCGCAUCUAUUUCAGCUGGCAUUCUUUUUUUUUGUUACGGAAUACCACUCUAUUGUUUAGGGAAGUGGUUCGGAGCGUGUCUUUUUGCCAUGGCGGAGCAGACGCGUGGGGGAGUACAGUAAAAGUUUUUGCCUCUACCGGAGAGCACCUGACAUCUGUCCACUUCCUCCUGCCCGGGCUCCACGAAGCUGCCGACAUGACCCUCGGCACGGUGUCCCGCUCUGACAACUCGUCGGCGGUCAGCUUCUGCUCUUGCUGCGGGGCCAAAAUGGUGCCUUACUUCACGGACGACGCGGUGGUUUCAAAUAAUGGAAUCAACCAACUUAUCAGCGAGAGCUUCCUCACUGUAAAAGGAGCAGCCCUUUUCCUCCCGAGAGGAAAUAGUCCCACGCCAAGCUCUGGACCUCACAUCAGCCAGCGCUGGAACAAGCACACAGGAGAUCUCCAGAAACAUCUUCAGACUAUGUUCACUGUGCUGCGGCCGGAAGACACAAUCCGACUGGCUGUGCGUCUGGAGAGUUCCUACGCUCAGGUAACCCGCUACAUGGUGGUGGUCUCCACCAAUGGUAGGCAGGACACAGAGGAAUGCAUCGUUCUUGGAAUGGACUUCUAUUCCUCUGACAGCUGCUGUACAGUGGGCCUGGUUUUGCCUCUGUGGAGUGACACUCUGAUCCACUUGGAUGGCGAUGGAGGUUUCAGCGUGUCCACUGUGAAUCGAGUUCAUGUUUUCAAGCCAGUCUCAGUCCAGGCGAUGUGGUCGGCUCUUCAGUCACUCCACAAAGCGUGCGAUGUUGCCCGCUGCCACAAUUACUACCCAGGCAGUCUGUUCCUGACAUGGGUCAGCUAUUAUCAGAGCAGGAUCUCCUCCAACCAGUUCUGCAUCAACGAAUGGAACGCCAUGCAGGAUGUUGAGUCACAUCGUGCCAAUUCACCUGUUCUCUUUACCGAUCUGCCCACAGAAAGGGAGCGCACGGAGAGACUUAUCAAGAUGCGCCUCAGGGAGAUCAUGAUGCAGAAGGACUUGGAGAAUGUUACCAGCAAAGAGAUCCGCACAGAGCUGGAGAUGCACAUGGUCUGCAAUCUGAGGGAGUUUAAGGAGUUCAUAGACAAUGAGAUGAUUGUGAUCCUUGGACAAAUGGACAGCCCCACAGAGAUCUUUGAACAUGUUUACCUGGGCUCCGAGUGGAACGCUUCCAACCUGGAGGAGCUGCAAAACAGCGGCGUCCGCUACAUCCUUAAUGUGACGAGAGAGAUAGACAACUUCUUCCCGGGUAUGUUUGAGUACCACAACAUCCGGGUGUACGACGAGGAGGCCACCAACCUGCUGGAGUACUGGAACGAAACUUACAAGUUCAUUAGCAAAGCCAAGAAAGCCGGUGCCAAGUGUCUCGUUCACUGUAAGAUGGGCGUGAGCCGCUCGGCAUCGACUGUCAUCGCCUACGCGAUGAAGGAGUACGGCUGGUCGCUGGACGCCGCUUUUGAAUAUGUGAAGGAGAGACGAGCCGUCACCAAACCGAACCCUUCCUUCAUGAAGCAGCUGGAAGAAUAUCAGGGAAUCCUGCUCGCCAGCAAACAGAGGCAUAAUAAACUAUGGCGCUCUCACUCAGAUAGCGAUCUGUCAGAUCGCCCAGAAUUAUGUAAAUCCUCAUCUCACUCCCUGGGACGCUCCGACUCCCAGAGCAACAACAAUAAUUCCUCCCCUGCCUUGCAUCACUUUCUGGGUGUGGCUGUGCUCCAAGCUCUGGUUUCAGAACCUGAUGACGCCCGCACAUCAACCUCUGACCUCCGCAUGCACUGCAACGAUGCCUGCGACUUGCCAAUUGAGGUGGCGGUCGAAACGGCUUGCGACGACGCCCUCCCGCCCCCCUCGCCACAACAGCACGCGGCCGCGCUCAUCCCAGAGGAAAAAAAUGCAGCGGAGGCGGUCAUCUCAGCUCCCGCCAUCAUUCCCGAGCUUCCCCCCUCGCUCCACAUCCUCCCCCCAACUCCUGAAGUCCAGCGUGCUCACAAGGCUCAGACAACACCGAUGGCCAACACAGAGAACAAACCGCUGGAACUGUUCCUUCACUUCCCCGAGCAAAGCAGCUCUGCGAACCUUUCUCCCAUCACGGCGAUGUCCUCAGACACCUCAGAACAGUCGCCAUCAGAUUUGCAGAGUGAGAAACUCAGCCCGCCCAGCCGGGUCGGCAACAUCCCUCUGCUUUCCUCAACCGGGCACAGCGACGACAACAACAACCCCAGCGAGUUUCACGACGACGACGACGACGAAGUGGACGGCCGCAGUGAAGCAGACGGCUCAUCGUCCAACCACAGCUCCGAUAGCAUCGACUUCUUCAGCGCCAGGGAGAAGUUUCUGGGCUUAGCCCAGGAAGACAGAACGCAGACGCUAUCAGAGCAAAAGACCACCUCCCUGGACGGCGAUGAGAACAGAGUAACUGAGGAAGAUGAGGAGAGUGAACACAGCAGAAGUCAGUCUGAGGUUAGCGAUGACAAGCUCAGCCCCGACAGUCCGCAUCAGCCUCAUCACGACAACGGAAUAUCAGUCCGCCAUAUCGUCACUGAAAUCGAAGCCAUAUGUCACCCGACGACUUCCUUAACUCCUCCCGCCCCCUCCUCCCCGUCGCCCGUCCCUCCACCCUCGCACGGCCUUCCGCUCGUCCGGUCGGAUCCUCUUGAGGGGGCGGAGCCCAAAAUCCAGUCGCGGCCGACGUCCCCCUCGCCACCGCCGUGUGACCUGCCUGCCGGCUCCGUGCGACGGGCCACCGAGCAGCUGGAGCAGAAGUUGAGGCAGGAAAUGGAGAUGGCGGCGGCGCAGCGCUCCCCGCUGCCUUCGCCGUGCGGCGAACACCCUCCUGUCCAAUCCUCCGACCAUCCGAGCUGCUCCAAGGGCAAGACCACCGCCGAGGAACUGAACAGCUCAGAAACAGCCAACCUCCAAAACACCUCGAUCAGCCACAUGUUUGGUGCUCCACUACAUCCUCUAAGCCAUAUAAGAUAUGAUACGCAAACAGUCGAUUCAUGUCUACAUACCUCAGCCCAAUCCCAAAGAGACAGCGGGCUCCAAAUGAGUCUGGACGGUGUCACAAUCCAGGAGUCGAACCCCGAUGAGAACUUCGAGUCCCUCAGUGUGCGAAGGAGUUGCGAUCCUGACUGCGCCGACCAGAAGCGUCUGGCGCGCGGCAGCCAGGAGCUGGAGAGGAUUCGCCAAACGUUGAGAGAACUGCAGGCGUUCCUCCACGAGGGCGGCGGCCUGGAGGUGCCGGACACGGGGCCGCCUCACCUCAUGAAAGCGGAGCUCCGCGCCGACCCGGAUGCAGCCCGGCAGCUCAGACAAGACAGGAAGAGUCUCCCCGAGCAGGCGGGAUGGCACCGCGCCAACGAGCUUGAGGCUCGCAUCCGCCAAGCGGGCCUCACCCCGCCUUCUCUUAUGAAGAGAUCGGCCUCCUUGGCUAAACUGGACUGCCUGGAAUUGUCAGCGAAUGACCUCAGCGACCUUGACCUGAGGCUGCACGCCCGGGCGGCGGCGGCGGCAGGGCACUCCCGCCGCUCUUUCCCCACCUCACCAUCCCACUUGGACGACACAUGGAAGAAGCAGAAAGUUCUCACGCGGAACUAUAGCCCCCAAAAGACACGUUUGUCCCCCGAAGACCUCUCGCUGUCCCGCUCCCCUGAGAGGAGCGAGCGGGAAGAGACAGAGGGCGGCGGGGAUGGCUCGCUCACGACGUCGUCACGGCAACAGGGUAGGGCUCACUCUUCCAGACGUUUGCGGAAAGUCAGCGAGAGAAAGCAGCGCGCGGCCACCGCCACGUUGCUUUACAACACCAUGUGACCUCACUGGAACGCACACGAGUGGACUCGGCACCGUGUGCCAACGGAAUGUGUGACAGGUGUGUUUGCAAUGAAAUGACGACUGCGUGUGUGGGAAAUCGUUCGUGACAUGACUCGAUGGAUCGCCAUUUGAGCAUUUAUUCGAUAUCUUAAAGGCCAUGUACUCUAGUGCACUCUGUCCUCAGGAGCAAGACAAUUCGGCUCACUCGUAGAACAACUGGGGCACUAGCACAUACUUUUUCUUUUGGUGCGCACUGGUUCUUCCAAUCGUGCGAACGGACGGAUGGAUGAAGACAACCUUGAACUGAAUAUCGAUGAUUGAAUAAAAGCUUCAGUGGC